AUGGCACUGCCAGGCCCACGAGAGGAAGGGCCUGGAAAAGGUGGUCUAAAAAUGCUGGGCACCACGCCGUCUGCAGGCCAGCCAAGGCCGCAAAUGCCAUCAACACGAUCGAAAGAAUCAAAAUCGAAACAACAACAAUACCAAUUACAACAACAACAACAACAACAACAACAACAACAACAACAACCAUGCUCAUUCUCCUCAUCCUACCUCUUCUUCCUCUACCUCCGUCUAUUCUUCUGCCUAUACUUCUCCUUCGUCAUCUUCUUCUCCAUCUCCUUCCCGUCGCCCCACUCGGUGUCACCAGACUGGCAGGGUGAGCCAGCUCACUCUGGCAGCCUGGAAUGUUCGUUCCCUUUUAGACAAUCCGAGGAGCAACCGACUGGAACGGAGGACGGCGCUAGUGGCACGAGAACUGGCGCGCUACAAGGUGGACAUCGCCGCACUCAGCGAGACCCUAUUCUCCGAACAAGGCCAACUGGAGGAGGUGGGUGCCGGCUACACCUUCUUCUGGAGUGGUCGACCCAAGGCCGAGCCACGAGAGGCGGGCGUCGCCUUCGCCAUCCGGACCGUCAUUGUAGGACGACUGCCCUGUUUGCCGCAGGGAAUCAACGACCGCCUGAUGAGCCUUCGUCUGCCCCUCCGGCGAGGAGGCAAGUUCGCCACCAUCAUCAGCGCCUACGCUCCGCAGAUGACCAGCCCCGACGCCGCCACAAUAGACAAAUUCUACGAGGACCUGCACGCCCUCUUGGCGACUGUGUCGAGGGCGGACAAGUGGAUUGUCCUUGGUGACUUCAACGCCCGCGUCGGCACAGACCAUACUGCCUGGAGAGGAAUGCUGGGCCCCCACGGUCUCCACGGCUCCAACGACAACGGCCUGCUUCUCCUCCGCACCUGCGCAGAACACCGCCUCAUCCUGACGAACACGUUCUUCUGUCUGCCGGAGCGAGAGAAGGCCACCUGGAGGCAUCCUCGGUCGCGUCAGUGGCACCUGCUGGACUAUGUCCUCGUCCGGAGGCGAGAUCAGCGGGACAUGCUGGUGACGAAGGCGAUCGCGGGUGCUGACGGGUGGACCGACCAUCGCCUCGUCAUCUCGAAGAUGCGUAUUCGCCUACAGCCUCGCAGGAGACCACAAGGCAAGCGACCCCCAGGUAAGCCGAAAAUUGCCUUGUUGUCUUUGCCUGCUCACCACAUUCAUUUCAGCAAUGAGCUAGCUCAACGGAUAAACAACCUUCCUCGGUCGCGCACGUCGCCAACACCAGGACUGGUUCGACGACAACGACGCCGUCAUCAGCAAUCUGCUCGCCGAGAAGAACCGCCUACACAAUUCCUACACAGACCACCCCACUGAUGCCAACAAAGCCGCUUUCUACCGCGGUCGCCGCCAACUUCAGCAACGACUGCGCGAGACGGAAGACGCCUGGACUGCCCGCAAGUCCGAGGAGAUCCAAGGGCACGCGGAGCGUAACGAAUGGAAGAACUUCUUCUCUGCGAUCAAAGCUGUCUACGGUCCGCCGACGAUGGGUACUGCUCCUCUCCUCAACGCCGACGGCAACACUCUCCUGACUGAGAAGACGCAAAUCCUGCAGCGAUGGGCCGAGCAUUUCCGAGGCGUCCUCAACCGCCCUUCCGUCAUCUCCGACGCCGCCAUCGCCCGCUUGCCGGAAGUGGAGACCAACGUGGACCUCGACCUCCUGCCAUCUCUCCAGGAAAACAUCAGGGCCGUGCAGCAACUCUCCAGCGGGAAAGCACCCGGAUCAGACGCAAUCCCUGUUGAGGUCUACAAUCACGGAGGUUCCCAACUCAUGGAUCACCUGACUGCGCUCUUCCAGGAGAUGUGGCGUCAAGGUGAAGUCCCGCAAGAUUUCAAAGACGCAACCAUCGUGCAUCUCUACAAGCGCAAUGGGAAUCGCCAAGUCUGCGACAAUCACCGCGGCAUCUCCCUGCUGAACAUCGCCGGGAAGAUCUUCGCUCACAUCCUUCUCAACCGCCUCAAUAACCAUCUGGAACAGGGCCUUCUGCCGGAAAGCCAAUGCGCCUUCCGUCAUCAUCGUGGGACCACGGACAUGAUCUUCGCCGCCCGUCAACUUCAGGAGAAGUGCCAGGAGAUGCGGACACACCUGUACUCUACCUUCGUUGACCUGACGAAAGCCUUCGACACGGUGAAUCGUGAAGGACUGUGGAAGAUCAUGCAGAAAUUCGGCUGUCCGGAGCGAUUCACUCAGAUGGUGCGUCAGCUGCACGACGGUAUGAUGGCGCAAGUCACGGACAACGGAGCUGUCUCAGAGGCAUUCGCAGUGACCAACGGAGUGAAGCAGGGCUGUGUGCUGGCGCCUACCCUCUUCAGUCUUAUGUUCUCUUCCAUGCUGAUGGACGCCUACCGCGACGAACGCCCCGGGAUCCGCAUCGCCUACAGGACGGACGGUCAUCUCCUGAAUCAACGGCGCAUGAACUUCCAAUCGCGCGUAUCCACAACCACUGUUCACGAACUCCUCUUCGCCGACGACUGCGCCCUGAACACCACCUCGGAAGUGGAGAUGCAACGGAGCAUGGACCUGUUCUCUGCCGCCUGCGAGAACUUCGGUCUGGUCAUUAACACGCAGAAGACGGUGGUGAUGCAUCAACCGCCACCCCACUCAGUCACAGCCCCCAAAGCGCCGCCGCAAAUCAGCGUGAACGGAACCCAACUGCAAGUGGUGGAGAACUUCCCGUACCUGGGAAGUACCCUCUCCCGCAAAACCAAGAUUGAUGACGAAGUCGCCAACAGCAUCUCGAAAGCCAGUCAAGCCUUCGGUCGACUCCAAAGCACAGUUUGGAAUCGCCACGGUCUCCAACUGAGCACAAAGCUAAAGAUGUACAAGGCUGUCAUCCUGCCGACGUUACUGUACGGAGCAGAGACAUGGACGGUGUACACGAGGCAGGCACGUCGACUGAACCACUUCCACCUCAGUUGUCUUCGUCGCAUCCUGAGGCUGAACUGGCAGGAACGAAUUCCCGACACGGAAGUACUGGAACGAACGGGAAUCCUCAGCAUCUACUCCAUGUUGAGACAAAUGCAGCUGCGCUGGAGCGGCCACCUGGUGCGCAUGGACGACCAGCGACUACCCAAACGACUCUUCUACGGAGACGUCGCGACGAGUUCUCGCCGUCAAGGAGGCCAAAUUCGCCGUUACAAGGAUACCCUGAAGUCCUCCCUGAAAUGCUUGCAAAUCAACACGGCCAACUGGGAAGAGCUCGCCCGCGAUCGUCCGACAUGGAGGAGGACAGUGAAGACAGGCUCUGCGAUCUACGAAGCCGAUCGCAUCGCUGCCGCCAAGGCGAAACGCGAAUCCCGCAAAUCCCUACUUCGCCCAGUACGCAACGCCGCCGCACAACCGCUCCCUAAGUGUCCUCGAUGUCAACGGACAUUCCGGGCUCGAAUCGGACUUGUUGGACACCUUCGGAUCAACUGCACCUCUCGGAUUUCCCCAACCAUUGUCCCCCCGCUCGCCUCUUCCUCAUCCUCUUCGCCGCCAACUAAGUCUGACAGUUCUUCUGAAACACCACUUACAUCCUCCUCCUCCUCCUCCUCCACUGCUCCCACGACGGCCGCACAGGCAACUGUCCCGCGCGCAACGACCGACACUGCUACCACCUCCCCCUACUCCAGUGAUGAGGAUCAGGACUACACCUGCCCUCACUGCGAUCGCACCUUCACCUCCCACAUCGGCCUGGUCGGUCACUUGCGAAUCCAUCGCACAGAGACUGGCGAACCAGUGCCUGGAGCACCAACCUACACCCACCGCACUCGCCUCCACUGCCCACACUGCCCGCGCACCUUCACGCAUCGCAUGGGCCUAUUCGGUCACAUGCGCAUCCACGAGAGCGGAACUGACCGCAGCUCCGACACACCCACGACAUCCAGCACAUUCACCACGCCCAGUCCCAUCCUCGCUCCAUCGCCCUGCGCGCCCAUCACCACCACCACCACCACCAACAUCACUGCUUCCUCUACAGAUUACACUGGCGCCGCCGACUUCACAUGUCCACACUGUCCACGUACAUUCACCUCACGCAUCGGCCUGGUCAGUCACCUGCGAAUCCAUCGCACAGAAACUGGCAAACCAGUGCCUGGAGCACCAACCUAUACCCACCAAGCUCGACUCAGCUGCCCACACUGCCCUGGCACCUUCAGGCAUCGCAUGGGUCUAUUCGGCCACAUGCGCAUCCACGACGACCUGCGGUAG